UCCUGCCCUGCCCUCCUCUGCACUCUCGCUGUCUGGAGUCAGACUGUUGCUUCAGACCUCAGAAGGAGCUCCCGGUUGUCGAUUGUCUUUGGUACGAUGUCUCCUCUUGUUGCCAGCCUGCUGCUCCUCAUCUGCUUGGCGUUGCCUCUGUAUGGCGUGGAAAAGGUGAGAAAUAGAGGAUACCGAAAGGAUCCAGACGCUGACAAGUGUACUGGAAAUGAUGCAGAAAAGCGAAACUGCACUUCACACUCUGAAGAAAGAGGAUCAUCUUACUCGGACCAAAUGUUUGGCAGUUGCAUGCAGGGUCCAGCAGGCAACCCUGGCAGAGAGGGUAAUCCAGGAAACAAUGGCAUCCCAGGUACACCAGGCAUACCUGGUCGUGAUGGGGUCAAAGGUGAGAAAGGAGAGUGUAUUAAUGAGAUCUUUGAGGAGCCCUGGAGGCCCAACUACAAGCAGUGUGCCUGGAACUCUCUGAAUUAUGGAAUCGACCUGGGUAAAGUAGCUGACUGUACAUUCACUAAGCUGCGCUCAGACAGCGCCCUCAGAGUCCUCUUCAGCGGUUCCCUCAGACUGAAGUGUAAAAAUGCGUGCUGCCAGAGGUGGUACUUCACCUUCAAUGGAGCAGAAUGCACAGGACCCCUGCCUAUAGAGUCAAUCAUCUACUUAGACCAAGGAAGUCCUGAGCUCAACUCAACUAUCAACAUCCAUAGAACAUCCUCAGUUGAAGGGCUGUGCGAGGGCAUCAAAGCAGGCUUGGUGGACGUAGCUGUGUGGGUGGGAACCUGCGCUGACUACCCCAGAGGUGACGCGUCUACAGGCUGGAAUUCAGUAUCCAGGAUUAUCAUUGAGGAACUGCCCAAAUAAAACAAAGCAUGUUCCAAGCUAGGGAGGGACAAGUCUUGGUGGUAUAACAGUAUGUUAUCUGGCUCUCCAAAAUGAUCAGGUAUGGUUAGCUGAGGCGUCACAGCAUCACUGAUGGUAACUUGAAUGUUUUAUUGUUUUGUUUAAAUACUAUAAUAGUUGUCAGGCCUAUAAACAAGAACACUGUCAUUCUGUCUACCAGAAAUAAACUUUGUACUGUAGCUUCUCUGCUUGUGGGUGCUACUGGUGCACAGUCACCACUCAACAUACAUUGUGACAUGAUGACACUGACAACAUUUCAGCUCUGUCCUCAUAUGACCUGUUUGUUUUCAUUAUUAUUGUCAAUAAAGUCAUCUUUAUUAAAGGUC